AUGAUUCUUAACGUGGAAGCAUGGUUUUUUGAACAAAAAAAGCUUAAUCUCAUGGAAUGGUUUCCAGGUUUUGAUGCAGACAAACAUAAAACGUCUCAUGCUACUGUAUGGGUUAAGUUUCCUGGCUUGCCUGUAGAAUACUGGAUUGAGAAAACGCUACUGGCUAUAGGUAAAACCCUUGGAACACCUAUUGUGGUUGAUAAACAUACUCUUUCUCAUGAGUAUGGGCAUUUCACUUCAGUCCUAAUUGAUGUAAACUUUGUUGAGCUCAACACAGAUGCAUUUCUUGUGACAGUGGGGGGUUCAGAAUUUUGUCAGAAUUUUGAGAUUCAUAAAAAGCCUAAGUUUUGUUCCAAGUGUAAGCUUAUUGGUCAUUCUGAUUCAGAAUGCCGUAAGAAAUCAAAGAACAAUGUUAACAACCUUCAAAUCCAGAGUGCAGCUCAAGGUCAGAAAUCACAAGCUAAUGAGAUUAAUACUGGUGACAGUAAGGCUACCAAUGGUGACAAUGGAUGGAAGGAAGCUGGGAGUAAAAAAAAGGAAAGAAUGCUCCGGACAUUCCCGUUGUUCCUAAGGUUGUAA